UGGUAACAAUCCAUGCAAACAUGGAAGUUGCUGGACAAAUGACCAUGGCCAUGCCCACUAUCAAUGUAACUGUCAUAUUGGAUGGAAAGGAAAAAAUUGUACUAAUGUUGACUGUUCCAGCCCAGUACAUUGUUAUAACGGAGGGAAAUGUGUGCCAAUGUAUUCUUACACCGAUUAUCGCUGUAUUUGUUCAGAGGGUUGGGAAGGUCGAAACUGUGAACGCAGAGAUUGUUCCAGUGAUUUGUACUGUAAGAAUGGGGGAACAUGUUCUGUUACAAAUGGAGGGUCUAGCUACACUUGUAAAUGUGCUGCCGGCUGGAAAGGCGUCAACUGUGACUUUGUCGGCAAGUCUAUAAAAUCAUCGGUUGUCUGAUAAAGUUUAUAAUAGCUCCAUGUGAAGGCAAUUUUAAUUAAAUGCCUUUAAAAAGGGCUUUGAAUGAGAUGCAUUAUAUUAUUAUUGAACGAUUUAUUUUGCUCAAUUUA